AUGCUGAUUGGCCACGCAGAUUUCUUCACACUGUUCUCUCAUACCAGGAUCAAGUGGACUGUUAUCAGCGAUAUAACGAAAGACUUGGCGAUGUACCAGAAAUUACGGCGUUUGAUGGAGAAUCGGAGAACAGCAUCAGGAUUCCGGCAUGGCGAUUGUACGCCCUCAAGCUCCGAGCUUAAUGCUUCCACGGAGGCCUGGCAAUUUUACCAUCGGGUGGUUUUGAAACUUGGCGGGUUGGCGUUCGCGAUAGUGAAUAGAAUAGGGAGACAAGCAAGCGGAAUACAAACGCCACAUUACACAAGAGACAUCGCCAAGAAGACAGCACCUUUUUGUAGGAUCUUUCCCGCGAAUGAAGUAGCUUGCAAGGGGGAUUUGAUAAAAGGACUGGUGGGAGCAGAAAAGUGCACCAAGUGGCGGUUAGGGAAUGUUGGCGUUUCGAAACGAAAUCUCCCGAUUCCUGAAAGGGUUUUUAUUGUGAGGUGCUAUUCUCCCCGCACUGUGGAUUUGACAAAUCGUAUCAAGCCUUCUUUCUACAUUCUUUUUUCUCUCUCCGCACCGCGAUAUUUCUCUGAACUCUUAUUGAAUGCAUUUCAAAAGGCUCGGGCCGCAAUACAAGCUCGUCGACAGACUUUCCCAACUCUUUUGAACUCCACACUCGAAUAUGAUCGACUUUCCGGGGUAACGGGGAAUUACUACACCAUCCGUGGAUCCAAGGAAAUUGCGCCAAUGGCAUUGGAGAUGUUAAUGAAUCAGGACCUGGAUUUGACGCCUGUUGUCCAAGUACUCGGCUCUAGCUUGUCCUGGUGGGUAUUACAUACGGUUUCCUUCAUCCGGGAUGCUCAGGUGGACAACGGUUCAAAAUGGAGAGAUACCGGAAUCCUCUUCCUUGAGUAUGGAGUGGACCAUGUUUUCACAUCUUGCCACGAGUUUUCACCAUCUCACCUCUUGAGACUUCUUAAUGGUAUUACGGUAAACGCCUCGUUAAAACCGACUGUAAAGAAGUGCCACUGCGAGGGCAAGGACCUCCUAGGUCUCAAUAACAACUCCACACAAUAUACAAGAGCAUACUGUGAAGCGGCCCGCCGGACCAUACCGACCACAUGGGAACACGUCUAUCAUAUUUCAAGUAAGGAUGAGAAAGAUGUGGGAGACUCCCGGAUCAAGACUAAAGUUCGGUUUCGACGGACAAUGGAAUAG